UUAAAUGUGCGCAUCAUCUUCUAACAACAAUAGGGUUUCAAAAUUCUGAUCUUUUUCGUCAGCGGCUCCUUGAGCAGUUCACUUAGGUUUUGCUCACCCAUUAGACGAAGUCACAGUGAUGGGAAAGAUGGGCAAGAAGAAUAGGAAAAAAUCUGGAGGGCAUAGUUCUCCAAGAGAGCAUACGGAUAUGCGGGACCAAGAGAUGGAUAUAAGGAAGAUUAUGAAAGAUGUUGAAAAUUUUAGUUACUCACAUAUGACAUGGAAAGAACGCAAGAAAAUUGAAGAUAGAAAUAUUGUUUCUCUUGGUGGAAAGGCCCCCAAGAAUCAGAGAUUACCUUUAAGUGUGGCACGGCCAAUGAUGAAGAAACAAAAAGAGAGGGAGCAUAAAAAUGCUCAAGAGGGUAAUUAAUUUCUAUCAUUCCCCACUUUUAUUUUGUGCCCUAUUGGAUUUUUUGUCGGUCUCUUACUGACAUUAUUCAUGUAUGAUAUGUACUACUGUGACUUUUAGCGUUUGAUUAUGGGACAAUUUGGGGGAAAGCUCGGAGGUAGCAGUAAGAAAUCAGCUGUGAAGCACAAGCCCGAAAACAAGGGUUUGAAGUUGAGUGAAGGUCAUUUUAGAAAUGGCAUACUCAACGUGAAGCAUUUGUUGAAUUCGGCCCCACCAAGAGAUCGUGAAACUGGAACCAAUUAGUCCAAUACAUGGAAAGGGAAAGGUGGUAAAAAGAAUCAUGGUAAAAAAGGUUUUCGGCAAGAAACCCCGUUGAGUACAUCCUUUUUGAUUAAGGUUAUAAAUCUAACAUGUUACUGGUGUAAGCCUUUUGCAUAGUACACUAGAAUUCAACAGAACAGAGGGCAGGAACAUGACAAUGAUGUCUUGUGUAUUAUUGUAAUUCAAAACUGAACAAGAUCUUGUGUCUUGUUUUCCGUUUUUGUGCUUAUCUUCCAUAAAGUGGUAUGAAAUAUAAUAUCAAUAACAGAUCAUAGCUGCUUUUUCUUUA